GGGAGCAUAUGGCCUGAAAUUCAGACGGGGAGUUAAACGAUGGUAUGGAAUGGAUUUUGGCAAGAAAUAAAAGGAAAAUGAGUCGGGGAGGGGAACGGAUUCGGAUGUGGAGGGUCGCCCGCUGAAGGGCAUUAGACAACAGGUACAGGAGUAGGCCAUUCAGCCCUUCGAGCUAGCACCGCCGUUCACUGUGAUCAUGGCUGAUCAUCCCUGUUCCUACCUUCUCCCCAUAUCCCUUCACUCCGCUAUCCUUAAGAGCUCAAUGUAACUCUUUCUUGAAAGAAUCCAGAGAAUUGGCCUCCACUGCCUUCUGAGGCAGAGCAUUCCACAGAACCGCAACUCUCUGGGUGAAAAAGUUUUUCCUCAACUCCGUUCUAAAUGGCCUACCCCUUAUUCUUAAACUGUGGCCUCUGGUUCUGGACUCGCCCAACAUCGGGAACAUGUUUCUGCCUCUAGCGUGUCCAAUCCCUUAAUAAUCUUAUAUAUUUAAAUCAGAUCCCCUCUCAUCCUUCUAAAUUCCAGUGUAUACAAGCCCAGUCACUCCAAUCUUUCAACAUAUGACAUUCCUGCCAUCCCUGGAAUUAACCCAGUGAACCUACGCUGCACUCCCUCCAUAGCAAGAAUGUCCUUCUUCAAAUUUGGAGACUAAAACUACACGCAAUACUCCAGGUGGGGACUCACCAGGGCCCUGUACGACUGCAGAAGGACAUCUUUGUUCCUACACUCAACUCCCCUUGUUAUGAAGGCCAACAUGCCAUUAGCUUUCUUCACUGCAUGCUUACUUUCAGUGACUGAUGAACAAGGACAACCAGAUCUCGUUGUACUUCCCGUUUUCCUAACUUGACACCGUUCAGAUAGUAAUCUGCCUUCCUGUUCUUGCCACCAAAGUGGAUAACCUCACAUUUAUCCACAUUAAACUGCAUCUGCCCACUCACCCAACCUGUCCAAGUCACCCUGCAUUCUCAUUUGCUAAUGUUACUUUUAAUCCCUUCAUCUAAGUAAUUAAUGUAUAUUGUAAAUAGCUGCGGUCCCAGCACUGAGCCUUGCGGUACUCUACUAGUCACCGCCUGCUAUUCUGAAAAGGACUAGUUAACCCCUACGCUUUGUUUCCUGUCUGCCAGCGAAUUUUCUAUCCAUGUCAGUACCCUACCCCCAAUACCAUGUGCUCUCAUUUUGCCCACUAACCUCCUAUGUAGGACCUUAUCAAAGGCUUUCGGAAAGUCCAGGUACACUAUAUCCACUGGCUUUCCCAUGUCCAUUUUCGUAGUUACAUCCUCAAAAAAUUCCAGAAGAUUUAGUCAAGCAUGAUUUCCCCUUCGUAAAUCUAUGCUGACUUGGACCUAUCCUGCUACAGCUAUCCAAAUAUGCCACUAUUUCAUCUUGUAUAAUUGACUCCAGCAUCUUCCCCACCACUGAUGUCAGACUAACUGGUCUAUAAUUGCCUGUUUUCUCUCUCCCUCCUUUCUUAAAAAGUGGGAUAACAUUAGCUACUCUCCGAUCUGCAGGAACUGAUCCUGAAUCUAUAGAACAUUGGAAAAUGAUUACCAAUGCGUCCACGAUUUCUAGGGCCACCUCCUUAAGUACCCUGGGAUGCAGACCAUCAGGCCCUGGGGAAUUAUAAGCCUUCAGUCCCAUCAGUUUAUCCAACACCAUUUUCUGCCUAAUGCGAAUUUCCUUCAGUUCCUCCGUUACCCUAGGUCCUCUAGCCACGAUUACAUCUGGGAGGUUGUUUGUGUCUUCCCUAGUGAAGACAGAUCCAAAGUACCUGUUCAGCUCGUCUGUCAUUUCAGUUCCCCAUAAUAAUUUCACCCGUUUCUGUCUUCAAGGGCCCAACUUUGGUCUUAACUAAUUUUUUCCUCUUCACAUACCUAAAGAAGCUUUUACUAUCCUCCUUUAUAUUCUUGACUAGCUUAUCUUCAUACCUCAUCUUUUCCCCCCGUAUUGCCUUUUUAGUUAUCUUCUGUUGCUCCUUAAAAGUCUCCAAUCCUCUGGCUUUCUGCUCAUCCUUGCUAUGUUAUAGUUCCUCUCUUUUAUUUUUAUACUGUCCUUGACUUCCCUUGUCAUCCUCGGUCGCCCCUUACUCCCCUUAGAAUCUUUCUUCCUCUUUGGAAUGAACUGAUCCUGCACCUUCUGUAUUAUUCCCAGAAAUACCUGCCAUUGUUGUUCCACUGUCAUCCCUGCUAUGGUAUCUUGCCAGUCAACUUUGGCCAGCUCCUCCCUCAUGGGUCCAUAGUCCCCUUUGUUCAACUGUAAUACUGACACUUCUGAUUUUCCCUUCUCCCUCUCAAAUUGUAGAUUAAAACUUACCAUAUUAUGGUCACUACCUCCUAAUGGCUCCUUUACCUCGAGUUUCCUUAUCAAAUCUGGCUCAUUACACAACACUAAAUCCAGAAUUGCCUUCUCCCUGGUAGACUCUAAUACAAGCUGCUCUAAGAAUCCAUCUCUGAGGCAUUCCACAAACUCCCUUUCUUGGGGUCCAGUACCAAUCUGAUUUUCCCAGUCUACCUGCAUGUUGAAAUCCCCCAUAACUUCACCACUGUCCUGUUCCAACCUCACUCCCUCUGAACGCACUGCCUUCCACUCUCUCCGCAGUAAUCCCAACCUCACCAUCAAACACGCUGACAAAGGUGGUGCUGUAGUAGUCUGGCAGACGAACCUCAACCUCACUGAGGUGAAACAGCAGCAUUCUGACACCUCCUCUUACUUACAAGAGGCUUCGACGAGAAGAGGCGGAGGACAAGCUAGCUCGCAGUUAGUUUUUACAAUGUCUCCUGAGACAGUGAUGUGCCUCUCAUGUGAGAUGUGGCAGUCUUGGGGGAACUCCCCUCUCCCGCAGAGUCACAUCUGCCAGAAGUGCAUACGGCUGGGCGAUCUGGAAGACCGUGUAUGGAAUCUGGAGCAGCAGCUGGAUGAUCUUCGACUCAUAAGGGAGAAUGAGGCAGUCAUAGAUGAGAGCUACAGGGAGGUAGUCACACCUAGGCUGUCGGAAGCAGGUCGUUGGGUAACAGUCAAAGGGGGGAAAGCAAAGGUGAGCAGACAGGUAGUGCAGAGUACCCCUGUAGCCAUUCCCCUGAAUAAUAAGUUUACCGUCCUGGAUACUACUGGCAGGGACGACCGACCAGGUGUGAGCCACGGUGGCAGGGCCUCCGGCACUGAGUCUGACCCAGUGGUGCAGAAGGGUGGGACGGAGAAGAGGAGAGCUGUCGUCAUUGGAGACUCCAUACUCAGGGAAGCAGACAGGAGAUUUUGUGGACGUGAGAAGGACACUCGCAUGGUUUGUUGCCUCCCGGGUGCCAGGGUCCGGGAUGUCUCUGACCGGGUGCACGACAUCCUGGUUCAAGAGGGAAAGCAACCAGAAGUCGUGAUACAUGUUGGGACCAAUGACAUAGGCACGAAGAGGGAUGAGGUCCUGAAGUGUGAGUUUCGGGAAUUCGGCAGAAGGCUGAAGAACAGGACCUCAAGGGUGACGUUCUCAGGAUUGCUGCCAGUGCUACGUGACAGAGAUGAUGCUGCCCAACUUGCUGAGUUCCUCCAGCGUGUUGUGAGAAGGUGAAGUUAGUGCAUAAUAUUUCUUAUGCUGAAGCUGUGAAAAGACUUGAUCCCUCUACAUCUGUUGUUCAGUGUCGGGUUAAAACAAAGACUGGGAUUCGGAUGGAGGAAGGUCAUGGAGUGAGGAGUGAGGGAGGUGAAACAUCUGGUGAGUGAUUGAUUCUUAAAAAAAUAGAUUUUGUUACGUUUCUGUCUGCUGUGGUCAAUCGAACAGCAAAGGGAGGAAAUAAAUCCAAUAGACUCGGAGUAGUGGUGGAUGCAGCAUCAAGGUAUUUGGGUUUAGUGCGAAUUUUUGCAGAACAGGUACAGGAAGUACUUCAGAAAGAUGAUUUGGGGAAUGACAGUACAGGGAAUGGGCUGCUGGUGGAGGGCGACUGGUGUGUCAGUACCUCCAGUUAAACUCUGUCUUUUUGUGUGUUUCCCCCUAACUGUCAGUCUGUGGUUUUGUAUUGCCAUGUGCUCUUGUUUGUUUUCAUGCCCCAUGUGCUCCUAUCCCCGCUCCUGCUCUAC